UUUGCGGCUACUUGAGAGCCCGGCUCGGUGCGGGUCCUUGCUGGCAUCGAGGAAGCAGAUUGCGGAUAUCGGAAAGGAGGCAAGGUGAUUCCAAGAUGGCUUCAUCAUUCGCAGAAGCGGCCGCCAAAGCCGCUGCUCUGUCGGCUCCGCCAUCUGGGGAGCACGAUCUGGCGGCCAUUGGCUCCAACACAGACGAAGGUAGGUCGUCCGAUGUCACCGCGCAAGUGGAUGCACUCAACACCCAGUCGCAAGGGCAGGCGUUCUGGCCAUCUGCACAUGCUACCUCUUCAACAGAGCCAUCCGUAGAUCACCGCAUCAAGCAUCUCAUCCUCGAUGCGUCGCCUCUUCUCACGCAAGCGCCCGUGCAAGCAUUGAAGGCGCAGCGCAUCUACAUUCCCCCGCAGGUCGUCGCCGAGCUGCGGGAUCCGAAGGCACGAGCGCACCUCGACUGGCUUAAGCUCAGUGGGCAGGAGGUCGUCAUCAGGGAAGGAGGGCCUGAAGCGAUGCUGAAAGUUAUCGCGUUUGCGAAAAAGACGGGAGACUACGCGGUCCUGUCGCAUGCGGACUUGUCUGUCUUGGCGCUGACGUACGCACUUGAGGCCGAGGAGCACGGAACGUGGCGCAUUCGAGACGAGAUCGGGGGGGCGACUGGGCAGCAAAAGCACGAAGCGGAAAAGGUUGAGCAGCUGCGAAAGGAGGGAAAGCUUCCACCGGCGAGAGAGGGUAAGAGCCACGGGAAAGGAAAAGGAAAGCGGGCCGAGGCAGAGACAAGAAAUCCCGCAACGGAAAGCCAUGUGCCAGCCGCUUCUCAGGAAGCAGCGCCGGAGCCAGAGACAACUCAGCCUCCGCCCGCGGACGCAGCAGAUCGCGUACAUUCCUCAUCCAAAGACUGCAUCGCAGCUGGGUAUGACACUGGCGAAGCCAAUCAAGCGACAGGACCCUCAAAUGCCACUGAUGUUGCGGAAGAGGACCCUAGCGACGAGGAAGACGAUGGUGGCGAAUGGAUCAAUGCAGAAAACCUGACAGAGCACCGAAACCUGGCGCUAGGAAUUGUGACGCAAGAGUCCAAGUUGUCUAAGGACGAAGCGCAGCGCUUGAACGCUGGAGAGGAGCCGGCGUCGGCCAACAGUAAGGGCAGGAGCAAAGCUAAGAAGCCACCGCGGCCGAUGAGCGUCGCAUGCAUCACCUCGGACUAUGCGGUGCAGAACGUCAUGCUCCAGAUGGGUCUCGCCCUGAUCAGCAUGUCUGGGCAGCGCAUCACGCAGGUCAAGAGCUGGGUUCUCAGAUGUCAUGCCUGCACAAAAAUCUGCAAGGAUCAGGAGCGAAAGUUCUGCCCCUCGUGCGGCAAUCCAACACUGCUUCGCACGUCGGUUACGUCGAUGGCGCCUGGCGCGGGUGUCGGCUCGUCUGCGGUCUCUGGCAGUGCUGCCUCCAUGGGCCUCCAGGUCCACCUCAAGCAGCACUUUCAGUACAAGAACCGCGGGACGGUCUAUCCGCUGCCGGCGCCCAAGCCAUCUUCAUCGUCGGCACUCAAGCAGCAGCCGGCACGCGGCGGGGUAAAGCACAAGCCCGUGCCGAUCCUGCGCGAAGACCAAGUCGAGUGGCAGCGUGCGGUCGCACACGAAAAGGUGCGCAAGGAAAAGCAGGAGAGGGCAAUGCUCAAGGCGAUCGAGAAGAGCGGAGGCAGGAAGGACGCCUUUAGUGCCCGAUUUGACGACCCAGACUGGAUGCCAGACAUGCUCUUAACUAGCGGGAAAGGUCGUCGCGCCGCGGGCGACGGACUCCCAGCGCUUGGCCUCGGGCGCAAGAACCCCAACGAGCGCAAAGGACCCCGGAGAUGAGAUGAUUUCCUGUACUUUUGCAUUUGUUCACAUACACCUCGUAUUGCAGCAAC